AUCACUAUCUUUCCCUUUCAGCACAGAGUAUGGAACAGAAGUAUGUUUUGGAAUGUACCUAUGGCAUCGUAAUCUGCCUGUCCAUCGCCCUACUCGUGUCAUCGGAUGCAAGCAUGAAUGAGACAAAGACUUGUUGUACGGACAGAUUCGGCCUGAAUUACACCUUACCAAUGUUCUUUGAGUGUCAGAAGAAAGGACACCUCAAUGGCAGUAUGGUACAAACCAUCCCAAAGCUUAUCCCUAAUUCAUUAGGAGGAGGCGGUUGCCCAAGAAGGGAGAGUAAACUUGGUGUUCCUCCUGGACGUCGAGUCUGCAGAUUUCCGGAUUGCGACAUUAAUCCAUGUGAAAACGGCUGGUGUGAGGAGACUAUGACCGGAUAUAGAUGUCACUGCCCUAUCGGAUUUCAAGGAAAACAAUGUCAUGAACUUGACACAAAUCCGCCUGCAACAACCCAGGGAAUUUUUGUUACCUGUUUGAAGGAUAUCACAGUAACCGUCGAGCUUGGUACUCCGAAUAAGUCGGUAGAGUUCACCCCACCAUCGGCUGUCAAUAGAGAAGGAACUGUCGUCCUGGUCUCUCAGAACUAUAUAUCGGGUGAUGAUUUCCCAGUCGGGUCAACUCUCGUUGAGUACAUCUUUGCUGAUGAGAGCGGAAACCAGGCAUCUCUUUGUACCUUCAACGUCAACGUCAAUACAGUCGAUACCACCCCUCCAGUGGUACAAUCCUGCCCUUCUAACCAGACAUUCUCAGUCCUCAAAACCACCACACCAAUCACUUGGACACCACCAACAGCCAGUGAUGCGUCUGGAAUUGCAUUCAUCGUCGCCAACUAUGAACCUGGAGUUAAUGUCUCCGUGAAUAGCCCCAUUAGCGUCAUCUAUACUGUGACCGACAACAGCGGCCUUGUAAACACAAACUGUUCUUUCAACAUCACCCUCGUAUCUAUUAUUAAUGUAGCCCAAAGGGCGCCCACUGUCUACACCCGAGAGACAGGACGGUGUCUGGACGGUGUCUGA